AUGAAGAAAACUUCAACUGUUGUUUUGCAAACUUGUUUUGUAUCGGCCUUUGCCAACGCUCUUUUCCUAAGUGACAGCCACCCGCUGAACGUGCACAAGGCCAUCCUCGUUGCCAGAAGAACGAGCCGCCCAAUUCCCGCCUUGCCCCAGUCACAGCAGUGUUCCUCGUCGUCGCCGUCGCCAUCGGCCCUCGCCCAUUGGAGACGCCAUCGUCGCAACUGCGCCGCGCCCGCCACUCCUUACCGCCGGCGGAGAACCUCGUGCGCCGCCUACUACCCCGAUUCCCUGCGCAAGACAUCGCAUUCCUUUGUCCUGCACAGGCCGCCCGCCUCCAAGCGCCCCGAGACACGACGGCCCGUGCCGACCGAGACAGCGACCAUGGAGCAGGCUAUAUCUACCCAGAAUAGCCUAGAAGGACUCAUGCUGUCACGACCCCCAGCUCCCCAAUCCCAUUAUAGCCACGCGAGAGAGCCCGACAAGGCAGAACCGAGAUGCUUACCAGAUGAACGGUUCAUGCCUCCUUCUCCCCAUGUCGACGACUCGAUUGAGACGCGGUCCGCGCGCUCGGCCUCGACGGCAUCUCGCAGCACUAACCGUCUCUCGCUGACGUUGCCUAUUGCGCUGCCCACCACCUUGCCGUCGCGCCCGGCUCCCAUCUCCACCACCUCGGCUUCGUUCCCACCUACGCCGCUGGACUCGCCUUCGUUAAUGUCGCCUGUUGACCCCAACGACUUCAUCACUGCCAUUGCCGCGCAGGAGCGUCGUGUUCUCGAGCUCCGAGAAGAGCUCAGCCGCGCAGAGUCCGAUCUGACACGGCUGAAGAGACAAUGGACCUCACACGAGGCGCACAGAAAGAGGGCCGAGAGACGCAACAUUGAGCUGCUACGUCCCCUGGCUCCCAUCAGCACCGAGCUGAUAGACGACUCUGCUACCACGAAGCGAAACGCGGAGCUCGACAAGAGGAAAUCAUUGCUCCUCAGCCACCAGAGCCAGCAAGGCACCCCAGACAGAGGGCGUCGGCGUGUUUUCAGGGGAGGCCACGCAAGGACCUUGUCGUUACUGUCCCCCACAAAGCCAAACGGCCCUGGCUUCUCCGUUCACGAAGACGGGCCUGGCGAGGACAGGUCUGGUCUCGAUAGCGAUUCGCCGCACUCCAGCCGGUUCGCCCCCAGCACACCGGCCCCGCCUUCGAAGCGCGCUUCGUGGGCUCCGCGGUCGCAGCACCAAGCAAGUGGUGUGAAGCAAAUCGCCCAGGACCUCAAGACCGGCUUGUGGACCUUUAUGGAAGAUCUGCGGCAGGCAACAGUGGGCGACGAGCCUAUCACGGGCCAUGGAGAUUAUCUUAGGGGCGGCGACGGCAACAUGCGGCAGACCUUGAGCGGAAGUACGAGCCCAUCAGGCUAUGGCGGUGAUGGACAAGACACCAUCCGUGCCUCGGGCGCCAACUCUCGACCCCGGGUUGAUUCGGUCUUUGACGAGACUCCGCUGGCAAAAGACGAUCACGCAGAGGAGAAAGACAUCAACGGUGCCGCCCCGCCGAGGUCUGCGCCGGCUCUCUCGCGAUCAAACACUGAGACAUCAAAGACAUCGAAACGGUUCUCCUGGACGCCGUUGACAAUCGAAUCUUAUGAGGAUAGCGAUUGGUCAAACUGGGACAGUCCGUCUGUCAACUCGCCCAGAUGGAGCGGGUCGACGGCGAACGGGGAUAUCAUCUCGACGAUCCCGGAAAGGCGCAACGAGAACGACACUCCUCUCAAGAAGAAAGGGUCAAAGCCGCGUCUGGCUACUACACGCUCCCCACGGUCCCCGGGGCCACUGUCGCCCACCAAGCUCGAAGAGCUCUUGCCCCCCGUACUAAAUCGGCUUACGCCUAGCAAUCUUAAGCGGACUGCUACCGAGUUCAUGAAGGAAUGGGAGAAAAGCCUGUCUCCGCCUGACCAGGGAUCUACAUCGACGACGACAACAUCGAAUGCUGCUGCGGCGGCGGCGGCCAGGGACAGGGGCGCGAAAUGA